AACGGGAUUCGGGACAAUAUUGAGUUGUAAUUUUACGAAUCUUAUGUUAUUAAUUAUUUAAAAUAAAUCUUGGUUGAGGCCAAGAUAAAGAAAACUCAUAAUGGCUAAGUGUGGAGAAUUUCUCAAAAGUCAAUUUCCACUAAUAGACGACGACUUAAAAAAAUAUGUAGAAGAUAUUUUAAACAAUAGCGCGGGGGAGUUUGAAGACACCGAGGAGGUGUACGAAGCAGUUGGUGAGGUUUUACAGGAAAUAUCUGAAAAGUCUGAAGAAGACAUUAGAUUAAUAUGUGAGAAGUUAUUACACAUGCUUCAACCUGAUAAGCAAAAUGCUUCAAAUGGUCCAAGAAAAGUGUUAGAUGCCCCCAUACACCUGGCCUCUAUGACUGGUUCAGUGGUUGAGUCUGAAGAUUUGAAGAGCAUAUGGCUACAGACUAGGGAUGACAGUUUGAAAGUUGAUGCAAAGAAGUUAGAAAAAGCAGAAGCAAAGUUGCAGCAGAAACAGCAAAAACAAAAGGAUGUGAAAGUGCCUAAUGCAGCUCCUGUAUUACAAACUGCCACAGCCUCACAAGUUACAUCAAAAAAAGACAAUAAGCUUGAAGCGAAAGGCACCAAUAGAACUCAGGACAUUCGGAUAGAAAACUUUGAUAUUGCUUAUGGAGACAGGGUGUUACUACAAGGAGCAGAUCUUAUAUUGGCUUUUGGGCGGAGAUACGGUUUAGUUGGCAGGAACGGUUUGGGCAAGACAACUUUACUCCGAAUGAUAAUGUGCAAACAGUUAAAGAUACCAUCACACAUAUCCAUCUUGCAUGUGGAACAGGAAGUUGUUGGUGAUGAUACAGUGGCACUACAGAGUGUUCUAGAAUGUGAUAUGGUCAGAGAAAAUUUGCUAAAACGAGAAAAGGAAAUCACAGCAGCUAUCAAUAAUGGAUCGGCAGACACAAACUUGUCAUCAGAGCUAACGGAGGUAUACGCACAGUUGGAGAAUAUAGAAGCGGACAAGGCACCAGCGCGAGCAUCCAUAAUACUCAGUGGUUUAGGCUUCACGCCCGAAAUGCAGGCGCGCGCCACAAAAACAUUCUCCGGAGGUUGGAGAAUGAGAUUAGCCCUUGCAAGAGCACUGUUUUCAAAACCAGAUCUGCUGCUACUCGACGAGCCGACGAACAUGUUGGACAUAAAAGCAAUCAUCUGGUUAGAGAAUUAUCUGCAGAACUGGCCCACCACACUCCUAGUGGUGUCCCACGACAGAAACUUCCUUGACACAGUGCCCACGGAUAUACUGCAUUUACACUCACAGAGGAUUGAUACGUACAGAGGAAACUACGAGCAGUUCCACAAGACGAAGACGGAGAAGCACCGCAACCAGCAGCGGGAGUACGAGGCGCAGCAGCAGCACCGCGCGCACACGCAGGAGUUCAUCGACCGCUUCCGGUACAACGCCAACCGCGCCUCCAGCGUGCAGAGCAAGAUCAAGAUGCUGGAUAAGCUGCCUGAAUUGAAACCAGUGGAAAAGGAGAUUGAAGUGGUGCUCCGGUUUCCAGAGGUGGAGCCUCUCUCGCCGCCUAUCCUUCAGAUCAAUGAAGUGGACUUCCACUACACCAAGGACAGGGUCAUCUUCACCAAUGUCAACCUUGGUGCCACACUAGAGAGCAGGAUAUGUAUUGUGGGUGACAACGGCGCUGGUAAGACGACGCUACUCAAGAUCAUCAUGGGCAUUCUAUCCCCCACCGGCGGGAUACGCAGCGUGCACCGCGGACUCAAGUUCGGCUACUUCUCCCAGCACCACAUUGAUCAGCUAGAGAUGAAUGUUAAUUCGGUUGAGCUGCUGCAAUCCAGUUAUCCAGGCAAAACGAUAGAAGAAUACAGGCGGCAACUCGGCAGCUUCGGAGUCAGCGGGGACCUGGCUCUACAGACCAUUGGCAGUCUCUCCGGAGGUCAGAAGUCCAGAGUAGCCUUCGCGCGGAUGUGCAUGGGCAACCCCAACUUCCUGGUGCUGGAUGAACCGACUAACCACCUGGAUAUUGAGACGAUAGAGGCCCUGGGCAAGGCGAUUAAUAAGUAUACGGGAGGCGUGAUCCUGGUUUCCCACGACGAGAGACUGAUCCGGAUGGUGUGUAAAGAGCUGUGGGUGUGCGGAAACGGCUCCGUAGUUAGUAUAGAGGGCGGUUUCGACGAAUACAGGAAAAUCGUGGAGAGAGAACUCGAGGCGCAAAACAAAUAGUAUAAGUGCGGACCUGAAAUUAAUUGUAAAAAGUAUCGUAAAUUAUACAAUGUAAUAUAAUUGUCUUUUGUUUAUGCCACAAAUAUAUAGUUAAUAUGAA